AAACGUAAUUCGUUUUUUUCUGUUGCGCCAGCCACCACCACUCGACCCAUCGUCACUCACAUUUCAGAUUAAAAUUAAUUGUUUUGUUAUCAAAAUAAACAAAAAAUACGCAAUCAACUAAGUGCAACUUAUAUAUUUAAUUCAUUAAAAAAAUACAAGUGUGCAACACAUAAAAAAUGACCAUGUCAUCAAAAGAAAAGUCCGAAGAAAUGGAAUGGUCUGCCGAAGAAGAAAUCCAAUUGUUUUUCGCUUUGGAGGGUCUUAAGCCCGUCGGUGUAAAUAAACAUUUUUACAUGGCCUGCAUUGCCGAACGUCUAUCUAGAUCAUUAAAUCGUGACAUACCCGCCGAACAGAUUUGGGCACAUUUACGUACAUUAUACAAUUUAGAUGUACUCGAUGAAAUGGAACCUUUGCCAUUUCCGAAUGACCAAAAAGAUUUCUCAUUGCCCGAGACCGAAUUUAGUGCUUUGAUGUCUCGGAAACAAGCCGAAACCGAGGAGAAGACAUUGAUUGAGCCUGCAUCUCAGCCAAAACCAAUUGAGAAACAACCAACAGUGGUUGCCUCCAAAGUAAAUGUGCCACCAAUAAAAGAUUUGGAAAAGAAAAUUGUCGCCAAGUUAGUUGAUGCUCCAAAACGUACACCAAAGCGAACCAGAGGUUCAAUGUCAUUGGAGUCAAAUAGUCCGUCGACUACACCGCCUCCAUUGCAGGCACAUAAAAGAAGACGAAUCUAAUUGCGAGAUUAUCUCACGAGCACAAAAAAAUAUGAACUUUCGCGCUUCAGAUGAAGAUUCAAUCAUCUCAUCUGUGAGACUCCAAAAAUAUAUAUCAAACGUAUUUUUUUAUAUAUCUUUUAAGUCAUUGUUGUAAACUGUAAAAUAGGGUGGGUCAUUCGAUUUCGAUUUUUUUAACCCACCCUACUGAAUAACUUACCAAAUCAGAACCAAGUUGGUAUAACUAACAGUCGUUUUUUUUUUUAGAUUUAGAAAACAUAUGUGUAUUUCAAAAACAUAAGAAAAAAGAGAUACAAAUCUAAAUUAGAUAUCUAAACAUAACAUUUUAUUGAUGAUGCUUUUGUUUGCUCAGAACUACGUCUUAAAGUGGUGCUGCAAGCUAGAGUUUAUUAUAUUUUUUUUUUGCACAGAAAUUAUAAUGUGCAGCAAGCAAUAAUAUUUUAACCAGUUUACCUUAGAUGUAUAGAUAAACAAACAAUCGUAUAUAUAAAAUUAAUAUUGACAAAUUCAACCGAAAAAAUAAACAAAAGUAGUUUCAGAAAGCGAAAAGACACAAAGUGUAGGUUAUAGAUGAAAAAAAAAAGAAUGGCAUUUUUAAAGUCAGGGUAAAAGUAUAACAACUUAUAUAAAUAAUGUAUUUAUGUAUAGUAUAUUAUACAUUUUAUUUUUUAAUUUUUUGUUUAAUUUGCAAAAUAUUUACACACACCUGUUUAUGGCCUAAGAUUUUUUAAAUCACAAAUAAUAAAGAAAUCUGAAACAAAACAAAAACAAUUGUACACUAAAAUAAAAAGAAAAAAUAAUUAUCAA